GUUCAUGACCUGAACAGCUAGCCAUAUAUAUAGUUUAAUUCGUUUGGGCACACAAUCUUUCUUAUCCUGUCGAUAGAUGCUGUGUUCUUUACAACAUCCCAGAUUAAAGUCCAGUCCAAAAUGAGAUCCACUUUUGUUGCCUCGCUGCUUGUGUUCAUUUUAAUAGAAGGAAGCAAACCUGUCGUGGGUGGAGGAAAGAAAAUGAAACAGCUGCAAGCCAGGGUGAAAGCAUUGGAAGAGUGCCAACCCUGCUCCGUGAUUGAAGAGCUGUUGGUGAGAGUUAAAGCUUUGGAAAAUAGGACUCCACCAGAAUGUCAGAACUAUCAAGUUCUGGCAGAUGCAAGCAGGAAUGUUAACCAUGGCGCAAAUCCACUCUUAUGCGAUAACCAUCUCACGCCGAACUGGUAUCGCUUCCAAGGAGCGGCUGGAGUCAAAAUGCUUUCAUCUUGCCCGAAAACAUCCAGGUGCGGUACCCACGCUACUGGGUGGUUGAGCGGCGACCAUCCUUCAGUGGAAGAGGGUAAAGUCACCAGGAAGGUCUGUUUCUCGUGGAGUAAUUGCUGUACCUGGUCGAUCGAUAUCAAGGUGAUGAAUUGUGGUGAUUUCUACAUUUACUACAUCGAUGGAACGCCCCGGGAGCACCAGUGCCAUUUGCGCUAUUGUGGUACCGCCUAAGAAAGUAAGAGAGUUCCGUCGUGACGCGGGGGUCUGCGGCUUCAAGCAAAAGGGAAUAAAGUGAUGAUCGGGAAUCUAUUCAAUUGUUUAUAAAUAGCUCAAAAAGGAGAAGCUUCGUACUUGAUACUAAUAGCCUUGGAAAGUCAUCAAUUGAAGCCUAA